GUCUACUUAGUCUACUUACAUACCUCGUGCUAUUCAUCACAUAAUUUAGGCUUCGAGCCACUGCAGCAACAUGGCGUCUGGGAGUGCUCAGUCUGCUGAACGUCGUCUCCUGCGCGACUUCAAAAAGAUGACAGCGGAUGCACCGAAGGGCGUCUCAGCCGCCCCAGUUGGUGAUGACCUUUUCCAAUGGUCAGCGAUUGUGUUGGGGCCAGAGGGCACAGCAUGGGAAGGCGGCGUGUGGAAAUUGAACAUGAGUUUCCCUCCAGAGUACCCUGGAAAGCCUCCUGCUGUGCGUUUCCAGACUGAAGUCUUCCAUCCCAAUGUCUUCCCUAACGGCCAGAUUUGCUUGGAUCUUUUGGCAGCUGGUUGGUCUCCGGCCUAUGAUGCACGCACGAUUCUGAUAGCAAUCCAGUCCUUGCUGGCUGAUCCAGACACCCAUGCUACACCUGAGGGUGGUGCCAAUCCAGAUGCUGAGUCCCUGUUUGUGAGGGACCGCCAGGGCUACUAUGCGAAAGUGAAGGCGUUGGUUGAGAAGCAGCUGGAAGAAGAUGACAUGGGAUGUCUUAGUGCAGUACCAUAGGGCCUGAUAGAUACGAGUCAGGCAUUCAGUCAUGGUUUCACCUGGAGGUUCUCACUCAAGCAGGCCAAC